ACAGACACACACACACACACACACACACACACACACACACACACACACACACACACACACACACACACACACACACACACACACACACACACACACACACACACACACACACACACACACACACACACACACACACACACACACACACACACUUAAGAGGCAGCGACUUUAUUUUGGACAAAGUUUCCAAUUGAACAAGGCAGAAAGGGUAUAAAGGGCGGCAGGAGAAUAACAAGGAGGAAGGAGAGGAAGUAGCGGGGAAUGAGGCGGAGGGAUUUCCUCUCCCAACUUUGACACGAACGCACUCAAAGCGCGUGCGCGAGAUGCAUCUAGCGCACGCGCAUCUCGCGCACGCGCGCGACUCUACUUGAGCACAAACAAGUUCGGGUCUUCGCCGUUUUCAGCUCUGUUUCUUCAGCCGGCACGCACACGCACUGGACGGGGAGCGGCUCGGUUCGGGAAAAACCGCUGCGUGUUCGCGCGCGUGUGGUUGGGGACGUCACGACGAACCACCCAAGCGGUGCCGUCCGGUCCGGUGCCGUCCAGGUCUGACGGUGCCUUCCAUCUGAACUCGUGCUGGCGGGACACGUCCCUCCCUCCCACCAGCCGAGUUUGAGUUUGGAGUUGUGCACUUGGUCGCCUGCCGACAUUCUGCUUGUCCGGACGUUGUCCUCCCGGCCGCCGAGCCCGUUCCCGGCAGCCGAGCGACGCCGAGUCGAAGUGGAGGCGCCAUGCCGGUCCGAAAGAAAGACGCCCAGCGCGCCCUGUCCUUGCUGGAGGAAUACCGAGCCAAACUGCAGCACGCCGACGAGCGGCAGCUGCGCGUGUCCAUCCAGAGGGUCAUCGACAUCUUCCAGAGCAACCUCUUCCAGGCCCUCAUCGAUAUCCAAGAGUUUUAUGAAGUGACCUUAUUGGACAGCCAGAGGUGGGCAGAGUCUUCCAAGCCGGUGGACGGCGUGGCUCUUUGGGAGUUCUCCAGCCUUCAAAGCGCCACCGUCACCUCCGACACGCUGCCAAGCCUUAGCACCAGCAUCGAGGACUCUGCCCUUCUAAAUGAAAUCCUGCACGUGUUGGGGCAGGCCUCGCGCUCACCAAAGUGUGACACUCAAAAGUACCGGCACCAUGAUGAGGACUCGUCGCCUCCGGAGGACCAGAGUUCCCCGCAGCUCACGGAGGAGGCGGGCGCUCCGGAGCUGGUCCAGGUGGCCGAGAAGAACCUGUCACAGAUCGAGAACGUGCACGGAUACGUCACCCAUGCGCACAUCUCCCCAAUGAAGGUGGCAUCGCUGGAGUGCGUGUUCGAUGGGUCACCAUCGUUAGGACUCGAUCGGCCGGAGCUCCCCUCCUCCCCCGCACCCUCUUCCCUCUACCCUCACGGUGAUGACAGCCCCCUCCCGUCCUGCUCCUCCAACCCUUACCCCCCUGUCCAGGCCAACCCUCCUCCUGUGCUGGUCAAUGCCGACAGCCUGGACACGCCCCCUUAUGUAAACGGCACUGAGGCCGACUACGAGUACGAGGAGAUCACGCUGGAGAGGGGUAACUCGGGCCUGGGCUUCAGCAUUGCGGGAGGCAUCGACAACCCCCACAUCGGUGAGGACCCCAGCAUCUUCAUCACCAAAGUCAUCGUGGGGGGCGCCGCCGCGCAGGACGGACGCCUCAGGGUGAACGACGUGAUCCUGCGCGUGAACGACGUGGACGUCCGUGACGUGACGCACAGUCGCGCCGUUGAGGCGCUGAAGGAGGCGGGCUCUCUGGUGCGACUGUACGUGCGGCGCCGGAAGCCGAUGGGUGACAAAGUCAUGGACAUCAAACUCGUCAAGGGCCCCAAAGGUCUGGGCUUCAGCAUCGCCGGGGGCGUGGGCAACCAGCACAUCCCGGGCGACAACAGCAUCUACGUCACCAAGAUCAUCGAGGGCGGCGCCGCUCACAGGGAUGCGCGGCUGCAGAUCGGGGACAAGCUUCUGGCGGUCAACAGCUGCUGUCUGGAGGAGGUGACCCACGAGCACGCCGUCACGGCCUUGAAGAACACGCCUGACGUGGUCUACCUCCAAGUGGCCAAGCCCAACAACAUCUUCAUCGGCGACACUUUGGACUCGCACCUCCUCGACAGCUCGUUUGCUCAGCACCUGGAAAAUCAUAUCAGCGCCCCCAACUUCUUGUCUCAGCCCCUGCCUCCGGCAGCCGCAUCCGGACGCUACUCUCCGACGCCCAAGGGCAUGUUGGGAGAUGACGACGUCUCACGCAGGGAACCCCGCAAGGUAGUCCUGCACCGCGGCACCACGGGACUGGGCUUCAACAUCGUGGGCGGCGAGGACGGCGAAGGCAUCUUCAUUUCCUUCAUCCUGGCCGGAGGACCCGCCGACCUCUGCGGGGAGCUGAGGAAGGGCGACCGUCUCGUCUCCGUGAACGGAGUAGACCUCCGCAGCGCCACGCACGAGCAGGCUGCUGCCGCGCUCAAGAACGCCGGGCAGACGGUCACCAUCAUGGCGCACUACAGGCCCGAGGAGUACGGCCGCUUUGAGGCCAAGAUCCACGACCUGAGAGAGCAGAUGAUGAACAGCAGCAUCAGCUCCGGAUCGGGAUCUCUCAGGACCAGCCAGAAGAGGUCGCUCUACGUCAGGGCACUGUUUGACUACGACAGGACUCGGGACUCGGGUCUUCCCAGUCAGGGCCUCAACUUCAAAUUUGGGGACAUCCUGCACGUGGUCAACGCUUCUGAUGACGAGUGGUGGCAAGCGCGUCACAUGACGUCCCCCGGAGAUGUCCAAGAGGUCGGCGUUAUACCCAGCAAGAGGAGAGUGGAGAAGAAAGAGCGAGCGAGGUUGAAGACGGUCAAGUUCAACCCGAAGUCUCGAGAGCGAGGGCCGUCGGGCGACAAGCGUAGAAAAGGCGUGUUGGCCAGGUCCUUCCUUUUCGGGAAGAGUCGCGACGGCGGCGGCGAGCAGGACAGCAGCGACGUGGAGCAGCACGCCACGUCCAACGCCAGCGAUAGCGAGAGCAGCUACCCAGGUGGCCAGGAGGAGUUUGUCCUGUCAUACGAAGCCGUCACCCAACAGGAAGUGGGCUACGCGCGGCCGGUCAUCAUCCUGGGACCCAUGAAGGACCGCAUCAACGACGACCUCAUCUCGGAAUUUCCGGACAAGUUUGGGUCGUGUGUCCCACACACCACACGACCCAAACGGGACUACGAGGUGGAUGCUCGAGAUUAUCACUUUGUGGCAUCCCGCGAGCAGAUGGAAAAGGACAUCCAGGAGCACAAAUUCAUCGAAGCGGGACAGUACAACAACCACCUCUACGGAACCAGCGUCCAGUCGGUGCGAGAGGUCGCAGACAAGGGGAAGCACUGCAUCCUGGAUGUGUCGGGCAAUGCCAUCAAGCGCCUGCAGGCGGCGCUGCUUCAUCCCAUCGCUGUCUUCAUCAAACCCAAGUCCGUCCAGAACAUCAUGGAGAUGAACAAGCGUCUGACGGAGGAACAAAGCAGGAAGACGUUUGAGCGAGCCGCCAAGUUGGAACACGAGUUCACGGAACAUUUCACAGCCAUCGUGCAGGGCGACACCCUGGAAGAGAUCUACGAGCAGAGCAAGCAGAUCAUCGAGGAUCAUUCAGGAUCGUUGAUCUGGGUGCAGUCCAAGGAGAAGCUAUGAACACGAUGACUGCUUUUGGGAACAUCCCCCAAAACCCCACCCACCGCCUUGGAGCUUGAAGGGGCGUGGCCAUGCAUCAGCCCCACCCUUCCCUCUGCUCACAUUAACCCUUUAAUGAGCCCAGGUGAGAGGGAGGAGUCAUCUUAACCACUUUCACUGACGACACAGCCGGCACUCUUUCUUGUGGUGCGCUCUCGUGCGGCGGCGGCGGCCAGAGACAAGUUGAACUUCCUCAGCUGCCUAUUUUCGUAUAAACAAAAACUACAAAGUCUAUAUUGAUCGGCAUUAUUAUCACCAUAGAAGAUUUCAAUAUGAUCACUUCCUGUCUUAUUUUUCUUUUUUUAACCAAAUAAAAGUGCAAGCAGGAAGCGC